GUCUUCAGUUACAAGUAUUUAUGUAACAUUCCUCUAAUUUAAUUUUAAUAAGGUUUAUUGCUUAAAGCUGUUUCCUCCUUUAGCUGAAAAUACCAGUAUCACAUAGCUUAACUAAAUCAAUCCAACAAAGUAGUGAAACCCUAUCCUUGAUGUCUGCAACAAACUCUUCAUUAAAUGUCAAUUAAGUACUGUUUUGCACAUUUUUCCAACCUUUUCCUGAACACCGGUAGGUAGAGAACUGCAUGAUGUACCAAAAAGAGAAGAAAUAAAAAUUACAUUUCUAACCAAAAGAAAGGGUAAGAUUGUGGCAUAGUGUUCCUUCUGGCUCUACAGGCUUGUCUGUGGGAGGUGUAGUAACUAGACUUUUUAAAAGUAUUAGAGAUUCGUGGCAAAGACUAAGUAUCUUUAAGACCUCCAGUUACAAAUAUUUCAUUCAUGAUUAAGUUUUUUGACAAAAUAAAAUGGAGAAAAUUACAUAAUGCGUCAGAAAAGGGAUUUUAAAACUCACUUUUAUUUGAAGUCUUUAAAUGUCCUACAGCACACAGACCAUUAUUUCUGCAGGAUGAGGAUUUAAAAAAAAAAAUUUUUAACUGUGCGCAUGCAUUUGCACAGCCAAUGUAUAUGGCUUUGCCAUCCAAACUUGACUGUGUAUGUAACAGUAGUUGCAUAAAACAGCAAAUUUUUUUGCUCAAUAGAGAAUCAUUGGACUUUUAGCUUCCAUACUUUUAUGCUAUAUGGGUCAAUCUCAAGAUGAGAAAAUGAAAUGAUCAAGAGGAAAGAGUGUGAGAAAGUGUGCAUGUGUGUUCAAGAAAAGGGCUUUUAAAAGAAUGUACUGAAGUUGAAGACUUUUGUGGAAUCGAUAAAGCUACAUAUUUUUGGGUUAUUGUAAAGACUUUGAAAGUCUAAAAUCAGAUAUAAGUUGCCUGAAAGAUUCUUUUUGUUAAAAUAUUUUUAGAUUUUUUUUUAUCCUGUUUCUCAAACUAUUUAAAAGGGGUUUCAGUUGCCACUACUAGUUACACUGGACCAAAAAAAAAGACUUUAAGGCUUUAUUAUAUUCUGUUACUGGCCAAGGCACAUGGGAAUGUUCAAAUCUUCUCAUUUCACCAAAGGGAUAUUGGAGUAAGUCAGAAUGUUUGUACAUUUGAUUUUUUAAAAACUACUUUUUCCGGUUUGUGGUAAUUGAGGUUUUUUAAGAAAAUUGGGUAUUAGAAAAGCCUGCUGUGAAUAUGUGUUGUUAAAGAACUGCUAGGUGCUUACUAUAUAUAUAUAAUCAAAAAGUUCUAAGACAUUUUCAGUUACCAUUGUGUGAUUAGAGAUCUGCAUAUGCUGUUCAAAACUUAAUUUUUGAAGUAGUUAUCCAUGUCAGGAGACAUUAUUGAAAAAGUGGGUUUACAGGUGUUAUUUCUUCCCUCUGUCAAAAUACCCAUUAUUGCAUAUAAAGAGCGUGUUCACAAUCCCUCUCUGAGGCUCAGAUAGUAACACAAUGAUUAAAGUUUUUAUCAGCAAUACAAUGGGCAUUGGAUGGUUUGGGUUCAGACUUUGCCUCCAGCACACUGUUCUUUCUUGCAAGUGGCACCUGUUUACAGGGCUACUUUGACAUGAUAUAUCAAUAGUCACUGACAUGGCAUGUAAAACCAAUGGGAAAACUGUCCACCUCUUUUAUAAUGAGAAGUGUAUCAGUAUUUUAAACAAUCUUGAUAAAACUGUUAAUCAGGCCUUUUAUCAUAUUUGAGGAAGUAAUAGGAAUUGAGUGCAAAUUAUGGGGUGGGGGGGUUUAUCAUUGAAUAUAUUCAUUAGCAUAGUGAAAAUUUUCUCUGUGUACAAGAACAUUUUGAUAACACUGCACUUGCCAAAUCUAGCUUCCUGUGAGGUCUUUUCCUGCUACCAUCCUAAAAUAAUGGUGAAAUGACAAUAUGUGAUAUUGCAGUGAUCCAUCCUAAUGCAUUAGUGGGGCAGAAAUUGAUGAUUUCCAGUUUUGCUUCCCAACCUCUUAACACAUUUCAGUUGAGAAAAAUCACACAGGUGUAAUUUUGAAAUGCUACGUCUUAGAACUUCUUGAUCAGACCUUGCAAUGAAAGUGAGGAUGUCAAGUCAGACAGAUGAAUUAUUAUAAAAUAAAAACUGUAAGAUUGUUUUAUUUUGUUUAUGGUGAUGUAUUACACAAUUUUAAAAUCUAAAUUUUAUGAUAUUAGGAUGCAAAAACUAGUGUUGUUUCAGGGGUUUUAUUUAUUUUUGUUAUUUCUGUAAGACACUUUGAUGAAAGAAGCAUGUAAAGAAUAAGCUUAUUGAAUUGAUCCAAUGUGCCAUAUGUUGUUUGAGACAUUUGAUAGCCUGCAAAAUAUUCUGCAACAUUGUGUGAUUAGUGCCUUUGAAAAGAUAGCCAUGAGAAAAGUGAAUUUCAGCUUAUCAAAAAGUCUUAAUAAGAGAAAACAUUACCACUUAUACAAUAAUAUUUAUAAGCAUACACUGACAUAUGUCGGCAAAGUUAAAAAUAAUUAAUGCUGUUGAUAUAAUAUUUUUUCUCUUAACAGCUUCCUAGAAGAAGUGCCGAGUGUCACAGACCAAAUAGAGAGCUACCUAUCUGACUUAAGGAACAAAUUUGUAGCCUACAUCAGCGAAACUUUCCAACAUUGCUUUCCACCACAUAGGAGUGAAGAAGGACCUGCCCUUUGAACUGUAUAAAGCACAAGAUCUACGGAGUGAAGAUGGGUGAUAAAGCGAGUUCGCCCUUAGAAUGCCGGAGAACAAAUGUCCAAUUUUGAUGCAGCCAUAAUGUGUAUGGGCCAUGAGUCAAGUCUCAGUUUCCAUGCAUACCAGACCAGAUUGGUGGUACUUUGCAUUCAUAUUUGAGUUUCAUAACAUUCUUUUCAGCUGGGUGAUAUGGCCUACCAAGGAGAUCAGGCUACCAGUAAAGUGUGGUAAAGAUUAUCCACUUAAACACGGCUUUAAGUUGUGGAAAAAAUUGUCUCUGCUGUGAGGCUCUUUCAUGGAAAUUGUUUUCAAAAAAUGGAUUCCAGUUCUAGACCUCUGUACUAUGACCUGCAGAACAGUCUGCCAAUUGGUGUGGGCAUGAUAAACAAAACUAGCCUUAUGCAGGAUACUAGUGGCUACAACCUGCCUGCUUCUGGAGCAAACAUGGUGGGCGGGUAUCCAAUGCCUAGCAGCACAGGCACAAGCACUCCAGGCAACUUAGAUGUGACCAUGAUGGUGCAGUGCAGUUCCACUGACGUGGUUGUGGUUGUGGGCCGCAUGAGCUGGCAGUGCUGCACAUGUCAGGAAAACCAUGGGCUAGAUGAUAGCAUUGACAAGCACAUGACAUCAAAACACAGUUUUUGCUUUGAACACAAAUCUUUAUUUGGAGGAGGUGGUUGUGACGUAAUUGACGUUCAAGCUGAACCUUUACAUACUUUUCAAGAAACAAAUACAUCCAGAGUGGAGGAAACUUAUAGGGGAGAUGUGUGUUCUGAGAACAAGUUGUUACACAGUGCCAUCCAGAACCAGAUUUCUCACAGUGAUGCUACACAAACAGCAGUAUCACUUCUUCCUACUGUUGACGAACAAACUUCUGGAGGAGGCAAUAGUCGUUCUGGUCUUGAAAGAGAAGUUGCCCUCCUGAUGGCCCAGACUUUUACUCAAGCCAGUGAGACAUUGCCACAAAAGCACUGCCAGAAAUCUCUAAAUGGUGUGGCGCAAACUAGUGCUUAUCAACAGUCUGGAAUAGUAUCAGAAGAAAAAGGCUCUGUCGAAGAAAAGCCUGAGGCUUCUUCAUCCAUGUUUUCCACUGCAGAUGAGCAGGCGAGAGGAAAAAUCUUUGGGAAGCUUAUUGACAAAGUGGAAAAGGCAAUCUCUUAUGUUGUUGACACUGAGGCCCAGAAUGGGUUGCUGCUUGUGGCCACUCAGCUGGCUAGAAUGAAGGCGCAGGCCAAGUCCAAGCGUAGCAAGUUAAAACAAGACCAUUCCUACAUUAACUGCCCACAGUGUGGCAAAGAAGUAAGGAACAAGAAGGCAUACAUUAAGCAGCAUAACCGAUCGCAUGAAAAGGGGAAAGAGUUUCGGUGUUCAGUCUGUAACAAAAUGUUCAAGUAUAGAAGUACCCUGCGGCGGCAUGUCCAGCAGCAAGGCCACAGCGGAGGGUUCAAAGAUGAAGGUGAUGUAACAGCUGCAGAGUUCAUUUCAUCACUUUUAGAAAAUUCUAGACACGAGAGAGAGAGCACAGCAACCAGCGAGCUCUCUGCAGCUGAUGUCUGGGACACCAAAGAAGAGAUCAGUGAUGAGGUUCUGUCAGCUGCAGGUGCACACCAGCUUGAAAACAACUUGCCACAAAACCAAACUUGUGAGCAGUUAGUGUCUGGUGAGCCAGCAUAUGAGAAAAUUCUUGCAGCAUUAUUGGCCAAAGGAGAGCAGGCAAGAUCUCCAAAUGGGAAAAAGCUGUCAUUAGUACAGUGCUUUGUGUGUGACCGAGAAAUUCGUAACCGAAACUACUACAUUACAAGGCAUGCACGAUGCCACACUGAUGACAUGCUGUACACUUGCACCUCAUGUCAGCAACAAUUCUUCCGCAGCGACUAUUUUCAACAGCAUCUGCUACAACAUGGAAGCAUUCUGUCAAAAGCCACAGAAAGUGGCAGCAGUCACGGAGUUGACCUUGAUCAUGAAGGCAUCAGUAAAAUGCAGGAGGAUGGCAGCCAGGCUCACCCAGCAUCAGCCUCAAUGCCAACUUUGAGACGUUCCUUAAGGAGUCAAAAGAGAGGCUGCAACUCCAAGUCUAAACCUUCCACUGUUCCUUGCAAAAUUUGUGGAAAAGAUAUAUUUAAUAGAACAUACAACAUCAAGCGGCAUGCUCGUCAGCACUCCAUUUUUGAGUGGGAAACCGUUCUCAACAUGUCUUCAGUUGAAGUUGCCAAAAAUGGGGCAGCUACAUCCUCUUGGAAGUCUGUCUAUGAUAAGCUUGGGAGAGACUUGAAAGGAAAGGCAUGGGGGCUCUUUCAGUGCCAGCAGUGUGGGAGAUCAUUCAAAAAGUAUGCCGAUAAACGACGUCACAUGAUGCAGCAUCGCAGCACGUUCACAUGCGCCAUGUGCCAGGAGAUGUUUGAAAGCUAUGCUAGCCUCCGGUCUCACCAGCAGGCAUGUAGACUUUCUGCAGGUGCUCAUUCAAGGAGAAAGUCAGGCACCAUUAGGGGGUCCACCUGGCGGAGACAGCAAGCAGGCAAGGCACCUGUGCAAGAAAAAUAUACAUGUGGGGUCUGCAGUGCUCAGAUCAUAAAAACCAAGCACAGUAUCGAGCGUCACAUGCGAGAGCUUCACUCAGAAGGGCAAGUACAUGCAUGUAAUAAGUGUGGACGAACUUACGACUCCUAUCACAAAAUGCAGCGUCAUCUUAAAUCGCAUGGGGACACUGGUGGAAUCUGUCACGUGUGUGGCAAGGUGUUUAUGACUAAACAAGCUUUGCGCAAUCACACCAAGCUACAUGCAGGUCCAGAAGGCAUGUACCAGUGUGCCCGCUGCCCCAAAUCAUUUCGUUUCCAAGGGUUGUUGGACCGUCAUAUGCGAAAGCAUACAGAAGACACAGAAGUCUGCCCUCACUGUGGCAAAAUCUAUAUUUCCAAAAUUCACCUUCAGAGGCAUAUCUCAGUUGUGCAUUUGGGUGUCAAAGAUUAUAGGUACAAAUGUAGCCAAUGUGGGGCACAGUUUUUUGAAAGCAUACAGCUACGAGACCAUGUUGCUUAUCGCCACCAAGGCAUACAACUUUACCGGUGCAAGUAUUGUAACAGAGGUUUCAACUGCCGUCCUACCAUGGUGCGACAUGAGCGUAAGACACAUACUGGUUACUUGCCAUAUGUAUGCAAGCACUGCAGUCUGGGUUUCCCAGAGAAAUCUAAGCUGAUUGCACAUGAAAUGACCCACACAGGUGUAUCACCUCAUCAGUGUGAAGUCUGUAGCAAGUACUUCACAACAGGCAGUGCUCUUCGCUCUCACAAAAAUCUCCAUCUAGGCAUCAAGCCCUACUGCUGCAGCAUCUGUAGCAAGGCAUACAUCAAGCGCUGGCACUUACAGCAGCACAUGCGUAAGACUCAUGCAACAGUGGAGGUUGGAUGGCAGACUAUUGGCGACCCAUCCUGUCUACAGCCUACUGCAGAUCAGAUGGGCGUGCAACACACAGACAUUAUGUAUCAGUGACAAAGUAUGGGUUUAAUUCAAUCUCUGGAGGAUUUCUUGGGAGUGCUGUGGUUUUCACCUUUUAUCUGUGGGAGUUCAUCUGAAUGUUCUUCAUGCAUUUUCUGUGUCUUCUUUGAUUGGCACAAUGACAUAAACUAUGACACCAUCAAAACAAAACCAGGUUCUUUCUUUUCAUCCCUGAUAAAAUGCCAUCACUAAAAAGUUGUAGUUAAAUAUCUCAGGUGCCCUUUGCUUAACUCUACCUCGAACUACCAGAACCUGAUCAUAGCACUUAAACAACAUUUAUAUAUUGUGCCCAGGAAUUUAGAAAACUUGUGUGAAUGCUUAAAUAUGAGACAUUCUUUCAGCAGGUUUCAUAAUACAUUUAAAUGUAUGGAAAAUUUAAGCUUAAGGCACAACUGAUACAAGCAGAACACAUUUUUUCUGCCUAAUUAAUCAAUUGACUGGUUAGACUAAAAACUCCUUAAAAUCAACCUAGAUUCUUUUGAUUCUCGUUUAUCUUGGGGCCAGAUAAUGCAUUACACCAGACCUGAGUGCUGUCGCUUUGCAUGGUUCUCAAUAAAGAUCUUUAUUUAUAAGAGUGAAAAGCAGACCAUGAUGAGUGAAUGAAAGAAUUGAGAUAAUGCUGACAAAAAGGUGUUUUUUUCCUUUGUUGUUUUCUUUUGCUCUUUCCAUCAUUUUCAUGUUAUCAGUUUGAUGAAGCUGCUGUGAUAAGUCAUAGUACCCUAAGGUGGCUCAAAAUGUCAAAGACAAUUUAUAAACUGAUUACUAGUAAUUUGGACAUUUUGAAUGUAGAUUAUGUAUAACUUUUGUGUGACCAAAAUAUAGUUCGGUUACUACAGCUAAAGAAGCUUUGACAGUUUGCAUUUUGUUUUCUUCUUUGAUGAGAUAGAAAUGGCAGCUGGUUUCAAUAUUUUUAUGUAUGGUUUUUAUUGUCUUGAGAAUUCUUACUUUGUUAUAAGUUCAAAAAUCUAUUUUCACAUAUGCUGCCCCCUCCCCUUUUCAGGUAUCUUAUACCUUAAGGUAUUUAACCUGACAUCAUCCCAUCCUACUGACGAUCAUUAUCCAUUAAUUUAUUUAUUUAGGAAAGACGUUUGUUUAAAAACUGCUUUAUCAGAGAAUUUGAUGCAACAUCAAGGCCAGUUCUGCUGCCAGAAAAGUUUGGGUUUUUUUUUUUUUUUUUUUUAAGUAGCUCUGAACCGUCCAUUUCAUGUUUUGCUACCUGGCAGAUUAAGUUUAAGGAAUAUAAUGAAAACCUGCCUACCAUGCUGCUGCUAUUGUCUCUUCCUAGGUGGACAUGUUGUACUGAACAUGAUGCACCUUUUACUCAUGCCUUUGAGUUGCAAAGAAGGAUUACUUAAAUUUUGGGGAGGGAGUCUUAAGGGAUGUUAUUUGUUGGGGUCUUUUUUUUUUUUCCCUUUCUUUCAUUUUUCAUCUGUGAUACUUUAUAAAAAUUACAUCUACUUUCAAAUGCUGCCUUUAGCAUGUAAAUUUUACUUCUAUCAAAGAGACUUAAACAAAAUGCUUUUAUUUUUUUGUCUGAUUUAUCUUAUUCUUCAUUGUGUAUCAUAUCUCUUAAGUGUUCAUUUUUUGCCAGAUAGCAAUGUAAGCAAACUUUUUUCUCCAUUGUUUCUGCCUGCCUCAUUCUCGGUUAGCGCCUGUUACCAAUACAGUUAAGGUUGGAUAUCCUGGGUUCAGCUCUCGUCUCAGGCAUGCUGUUCUUUUACUGCAUGUGGCAUCAGUUUACAGGGCUGGCUGCCUUGUCGUGAUAUAGCCUUAGUCGCUGGCUCAGUGUAAAACACCAAUUUCUACUUGCCUCAUGCUCAAGACUUUCCCAAUCCUUUAAUCAUUGUUAAUUAUCCUCAAAGUGCCAUUUUGCAGAAACUGCCUCUUUUUUUUAACCUAAUAUAAGGAAUACAGAUGUUUCUAGCCUAAAAGUCACUUGAUUCAUACACCUCAAAAUAUGUUUUUCAGUCAGUAAACACUUUGUUAAAUGUCCCAGUCUGAUAGUCAAACACUGCGCUAGCUAUUAACCAGAGACACCUCAUUCAAAACAAUCGAAUUACAGGUUCUUGACACGAACCACUAUUAGGUAACAUGGCAUUGUCCUGCUUUGAUGACUGCUUGCAGUUUUGCCAAUGGCCUUAUGUAAUCUGAGAGUGUGUAAGAAAUGUAGAAGAAUGGUAAGUGGUGAAAAUAUUUGCUUCUAAAAGUUAUAUGUGACAAGUUAUUUUCUAUUUUUUUAUCUGGCAUUAUGAUAUGUAUUUCUAUUUGUUCAUAUAACUGUACAAAAUUUGAAGCGUAAUGAGAGUGAAAGUGUAACAGAGUGUUCAUGUGAGUCCUGUUUUUUUUUUUUUUUUUGGCAUUACAAACUAUACAAAUGUGAUAAUAAUUAUACUAUUGUAAAAUUUGUUAACAUUCCUUAAAUCACAUAUUUAUAGAAGUCUGUUUAGUUUCUUUUAAAUGGCUUGCAAUGGGAAAGUGUAUGGGAAAAACGCUGAAAAUGAUGCUGUUAUGCACAGAAAGAGAAGUGGCAUUAAACGUUUAAUGUUAACUGUC